AACAGGCACAGACCCAAGGCAACCAACUACCCACAAAGAGCAGCUAGCUAGCCAUCCUGAGUUCCUGACGGUGUUGGGUUGUUCGAGGACAGGAAGGAAGCAGAGCGAGAAAUGGCGGCGAGGGCGGCGACCAUGCUGGCCGCGGGGGCGCUCGUCGUGGUCGCGGCGGCGUGCAUGCUGGCCGGCGGCGCGUCGGCGCAGUCGACGAGCGGGUGCACGCAGACGCUGAUCGGCAUGUCGCCGUGCCUCAACUACAUCACGGGCAACGAGACGGCGCCGUCCAAGUCCUGCUGCUCGCAGCUCGCCGCGGUGGUGAGCUCCAAGCCCGAGUGCCUCUGCGUCGCGCUCAACGCCGACCCCGCCGCGCUCGGGCUCGGCGCCGUCAACAAGACCCGCGCCCUCGGCCUCCCCGACCAGUGCGGCGUCAAGACGCCGCCGCUCAGCAACUGCGCCUCCGCCCCCACCACGUCGCCCUCGUCCGGCUCCAGCGCGCCGGCGGGACAGACGCCGACGUCGUCCGGAGCUGGGUCCAAGUCGACGCCGACGACGGACGUGGGUAACGGCGUAGCGUCGCUCCAGAGCUCGGCCGGCAUCGUCGCCGGCUUCGUAGUGGCCGCCGUCUAUGCCCUGGCCGCCAUGUGAUCCAUCCCACUGAUGUCUUGUUCCGUUAAUCCCCACCACAAGGAUUGAAGAUGAUUGAAGAGGAUUGAGGUGGAUUUUGACUUACAGGAAAUUUAAUC